AUGAAUUCACAGUUGUUCACUAGAGAGUUCAAGCAAGGCACUUGUGUUCCUUUUGCUGGUAGUGGAAAUGAGGAAAACAGAAACAACAGUUACCCUCAGAAGGCAGCUUUUGCUCAGCCCUCAGGGCUGACCCUAGGAUACACGAAGGAUGGGGGCUUUCUAUUUGUUGCAGACAGUGAGAGUUCUACAAUAAGAAGUGUGUCAUUAAAGGAUGGUGCUGUUAAGCACAUAGUAGGGGGAGAAAGAGACCCAAUGAACCUCUUUGCAUAUGGAGAUCAAGAUGGUAUUGGGUUUGAUGUAAAGUUACAACAUCCACUAGGAGUUGCCAUGAUAUCUGACUCUGCUUCAAUUCUGGUUGCAGACUCAUACAACCAUAAGUUAAAGCUUGUUGACAUCAGUAAGAAACUGUGUACUACCAUAUGGAGUGAGGAUAAGGAUGUAAAGCUGAAUGAACCAGGUGGUGUGUGUGUGGACAUGACUAAGGGAGUGGCCUACAUUGCUGACACAAACAACCACAUCAUCAGGAUACUAAACAUAAAGGAAUGGGUUUUCAAACAGUUGCCAGUAAUUUUCUCAAAUGACAUAGAGGCUAGCCAGGUGAUCAAUUUGUCAGACAUUUUGAAGCCAGGAAGGCAGCUAGAGAAGAAUGAAGUAAGAUAUAUUGCUCCUGGUUCGCAGGCUAACGUGAUCCUUCUUCUGGAUUUGCCAUAUGGAUGUCAUGUGAAUGAUGAAGCUCCAAGCAGUUGGAGUGUUGUAAUACAAGAUUCUCUCUCUGGAGCCUCGGGAAACAGCAUUUUUUCCAAAAAAGGAACACUGUCUGAAAAGUCACCACAACAUCUGUUUUCUUGGAAAGUGCCAAUUACCUUGCAAUCUACCUUUUUUAUUUACCUAAAAUGCAAAUUGUUUUAUUGUGAUGAGAAUAAAGUGUGUCGAAUGAAGGAAAAGAACAUUAUGCAAGAGUGUACUGUUAAUGGUGAUGUUAAAAGUGAAAGUACUGAGAUUAAUUUUACAUUCUGUGUAUAAGUAUUUGAUUUUAACUCUUAAGAUUUUUUUAAGGUAAAUUAAAGAUCUCAGAAUAACCUCAAAACUAUGGACUGUUAUCAGCUCCUCUGGCUAUUCUUAGACAAUAUUGAUCUCCUUUAGAAGAAGAGCUACAUGUGAAGAUAUAGAAAAAUGAUCAGAAAACUUAAACGUAUGAAAUUUUUUUUACAAAAUGGUAUUUGACAGCUUAACAAAUUUUAUCUAAAAAAUUAAACUAUAUCUGAUGGUUAAUUUGUUGACCCUCAAACCUCCUUCAUUAUAACUUGGCACACAAGUAAACUACACUAAGAAACAUAA